AUGUCAGAUCUUCGAAGACCUUUAGGGAUUGACACUAUCAAUAUAUCUCCAUUAUAUAACGAACAAAAGUCACCCAUAAUUCUACCGAAAUCACAAAUCUCGAAUCCCCUAAAGUAUCUCGAUGAAACUGAAGAGGAAUACAUCGAUGAUCUAAAAUGCUUGGUUGAGGCAGAAGAAAUGGAAGGUCCAUACUCCGAAUAUUGUCAAGAAUAUAAAAGAGAUAUCGAUUUAUGGCCGGAGAUUGAACAUCAUCCUCCAUUACAAGCUGUGCUGAACAGGUUAACCUCAGAGAGGAACAGACCAAUAACAUUAGAAUUCCUUUUGGACAUACCAGUUAGGAGAGUCAACUAUUAUAAAAAAAUUUAUACGCGUCUUUCCAAGAUUUCAGAGUUUGGGGAUUUCAAUCAAACUCAUUUGGUUUCAGCAAUUGAAAAAUUCCAAAAGAUUCUUGAAUUGGAUAGGGAAACAAAAUCAUUAUCGAAACCAAGAAACCAAAAGUCGAAUUAUUUUCAAGAAUCAGCAAAUGUACAAAGCGUAGAAAGCAGGAGCAAGGAUAUUUCUUUGGAAAAAGGGCAAAAUAAUUCAUCAGAACUUCCAAACCUUAAAAACGUCGAGAAUUCAAAUAAAGACUCUCGAGUAGUCCCAAAGUCCUUGUCAAAUUCGAUAGAUCCCACUUUUCCGAAUCAAAAUCUGUUGGAAAAAGAGAAAAUUUCGAGCACUGGAAGCGAAAAAAUUUUGCCCGAACCGAAAAAUGCAGAUGACGUUGUAAGCUCCCCAGAUCCUUUGGGAGAGUCGUGUCAAAACAUGAAAAAAUGGACAUUAAAGGAAUUUGAACUUCAAUUAGACACCUCAAUGAAAAUUAAAGUGGAACUUCUCCCACCUCAUCUUCCAUUCAAACGAGAAUUAAUUCUUCACAAUGAAUUCGUCGUAAUGUUUCCGGACAAUAAACAACGCACCAACGACCAAAAACAAGCCCACAUUUUCCUAUUAACCGACCUUUUACUGAUUUGUCAAAAAAAGGAUUUAGAUGAAAAGCAAAUAAAAUCGGAAAAGGAAUUUUGGUUAAUGUAUACGCCGUUGAGUGGAAGACACAUUUCCAUUUGUGACGAUAACAAGAAAGGAUUGGUUUCUUUGAAGAUUUUGAAAAGGGAAAGUUUGCUACUUUUUUCUGAAAAUAAGGUUAUAAAUGAAAAAUGGUUAAUGGAGAUUUCAAAAAUGAUCACAUUCGCAGCUUCGUUGGCGGGCACAAGAACUCAAGUAAACGCCGAUAAUUCCCAAAUGUUGCGCAAAAUCAGUAGUAAUCCACAACUCUUGUCCGGGGAUGUAGUAAGAAAAAGCCCAAGCAUGGGAAGUUUGCAUAAUGGAUCUGCAAACUUAUAUAAUGAAUCCGGUGAUGGCUUAAAAAAAUUUCUGAGGGUCGAAAAUUUUUCGCCAACAUCCAUGGGGACUGGAGAAUGGUCAAAGAAGCUUAACAAAUCAUCAUCUUUAUCUUCUCUAAGAGGUAACGGCUCGUUCACGGGUAAUCGUGGUUCGAAUUUAUCCUCAAAGGAGAGACACAAUGACUUUCAUGAUGAAUUGAAUUUGAAUUCAACCCCAGAACUAAUAGAUGAUAAUCAUGUAAACUAUAAAAAAACGAGAACUCUACUUGGUUUUCAAUUUUGUGAAGUAAGCUAUUGUGUCAAAAAUGGCCAUUACAAAUCGGUUUUGGAAGAUGGAGAUGAAUUUACUGUGGAAUUAAGGUCAACGGACACUCGGAGAAUUUGUCUGGUCGCUUUUUCGGAAAAAGACAAGAGAAUUAUAUUACAAAAAUUUGUUAAUUCGGAAAAUAGCCUGAUCAAGAAGGACUCUCCAUUUGCUGUUAGUAUUAGCAUAAAGAAAGAAGUAGAUAAAAGCGUAGAAAUCUUUAGAGUAUCUUUGUCAACUCCUGGUGAGACUGAAAGAUUUUUAGAGAAGUUUGAUGAUCUUGUGCAAAGGAAUGUAAUUAUUCCGACCAAACCCCAAGCUUCACGAUCCUUACCACCACAACUUCCGCAAUCUCAUAUUCGAUCAAUGUCUCCUCAACUCUCGCCACAAUCUUCCCCAUCACCCUCAGUCCAAUCGUCUCCUCACCAAUCAUCUAUCAUGUCACAACCCCCUUUACUUAAUCUACCUCAAAUAGUCUCACGAUCCUCUUCACUGCAACAAAUUCAGCAACACCAGCCCCGUUCCACCUUAGUUUUGGAAUCUCCAUGCAGACUUUUUUUAAAGAAUGAUCACGGAAUUUGGAGUAAUUUGGGAUGGGGUAAUAUGAAGUUGUUUACAGAAACUAAUCCAUACCGUAAACGGAUUGUGAUAACAUCCGCCGACAAAAAUUCGACAAAAUUGGUGGACUCAAUUGUUCGGGAAGCGGGAGUUGAGAAAGUGGGGAAGGCCUCUAUUGCAAUCACCUUACAGAAUAUUAUUGGAUAUUCAGGAAAUUCUCCUGUCGUUUACAUGAUACAGAUGAAAGAUAAGGAUGUGGUCAAUAAGGCUAUGGACAUUAUGAAAGAAAGACAAAGGAAAUGA